AUGUCAGUAGUAGGCACAUCUUAUGGGACUCGAAGUCAUAUUGAAGGCGAAGUUCAUAAACUCCCAAAAAUCUCCAAACGCUCCAUAUACGAUAAAAUAAUUUACAGCCUGGAUGUUCUUGUUCCAGAAGAUGAAGAUGAAGAGAUAUUUGUUCCAAGAGACUCGUUUUUACAGCAGGUGCAUCACGGUCAUGUUCAUAGAUGGCGAGUACAGCGCAAUACCAACCGUAAUUUACCCGAAUAUCUUACAGACCAUUUGUCUUUGGAUGAGCCCUAUAUUGUUAUGCAUGAAAAGAAAGGACUAUUGGCUGCAUUUGAUUUGGCAAGCCCGUUUUUAAAAAAAUGGGAUGCUUUGUCGUUUGCCUUGUUGGUUUUUACUGCUUCUGUUACGCCUUGGGAAACUGCAUUUAUAAAUGGACCUCUUCAGAUUAAUGUUUUAUUUCUGAUCAACAUCCUGGUGGAUUUGGUUUUUUUUACAGACAUGUUUGUGCAAAUGCGUACACCUUACCGAGACUCUCAAACAGGAAAGCUUGUUCGAGACAUAUCUCGAAUUUCAACCAAAUAUCUACGCACAUGGUUCUUUAUCGAUCUCUUGUCUGUUAUUCCUUUUGAACUUCUUGAACUUGUCAAAAAUGGCAAAACGGACUUAUACCAACUACGAUUGUUGAGGUUUUUGAGACUAGCUCGACUAUUAAAACUGAUUCGGGUGUUUAGAGCGAGUCGAAAACUCAAACAAUGGCAAGUUCAAGGUGGGCUCAGAAUGACAACCGUGCAGGUUUUAACUACUAUCAUCACAACUUUAUUUGCUAUGCACUGGCUAGCAUGUGGAUACAGAAUAUGUGCCGAAGGUUCAGAUACCAGUGUCCCAGCAGGCUGGGUUGCCGCAUACCUAAAAUCAAUCAACUCAACCACAGCAAACAUAUGGGAAAUAUACUUUGUUUCCAUGUAUUGGGCAGCCUCUGUCAUUAGUCUUGUAGGAAAUAAUUCUAGCUUUUUAGCAGCUGGGAGUUUGGCUGAGUGGAUCUAUUCCACUUUCGCGUAUAUUGCUGCAUAUUGGCUUGCUGGAUAUUUUAUUGCCAGAACAGCCAAUUUCUUGAGUUCUUCAGGCAGUGUUAAAAUGAACCAAGAGGUUUUGGUCGAUGAUUACCUUGGCAUGCUUGAUUCUCUCAAGCUUGAUCGACGACUAAAGCAAAAGGUGUUUGAGCACUUGGCAGAUCAUUUUUCAGCACAAACCAAUCAACGUCAAACAAAAAUGCUGCGGGAUCUUCCUGUUUCUCUUCAUGGCUUUAUAGCGUUGGAAAUGUUUCUUCCUUUUAUAGAGAGUAUUCCAUACCUGGAAGUAUUUAUUGAUAGAGAUCCACAAAUGAUUCAAGAUAUUUGCCGAUUAGUGGAAAUCCGUACAUGUGCAUCAAACAACUUUUUGUUCACUGAAGGCUACGAUGGAAUAUACUUUAUUGAACAUGGCAUUGUAGCUAUUGAAGGUCAAGUUUAUCCAAGCGGCUCACUUUUUGGAAGAACAGUUCUUCGAGAAACAAUCAAAAAAAACGAAUGCCGUGCUCUCACCGAUGUGCAAUAUUUUGUGAUUCCACGUCAAGAUUUUAUCGCUAUAAUGGACAAAUUUCCCAAAAUCAAAUAUUAUGCUAAACGAUGGACAGCAUGGCAGCUUGUUAGAGAUUAUAUUCACACUUAUACAAAAUUGUAUUUCACUGCAGCUAAACGUGGAGCAAAGUUAUCUCCGCCUUUGCUAUCGCGAAGACCAAAUAUGGCCGAAGAUGAGCUGGAUGAUAUUGAUAUAGCUGUGCUAGAUCAUAUAGCCGAUACUGGAUUUUGA